GCUCGCGCCGCAUGUUCGCGUUUUACGACUGCUCUCCGAAACGUCCCAAACACCCAAGUCCCAUGUAAAGACCAUCCAUCGAGCCUCUUCUAGAAAACUCGAAGCCUCAUCAGCAAGAUCAGACGCCAGGGUUGGCAAACCUUCCACUAGCAGAGAGCAAAAGCCUCAGCGCCCGCCGAUCAGGAGACGACACAGCACCCUGAUCGUCACAUGAACGGACACAUUCUACUCAAUUCCCUCCUGUGUUCCGCUCUCUCUCCCCCGCUCUCUCGCCGCGUGUUCGCUCCUGUCUUGCGCGGAUCACCCCUUUGAUCGGGCGGAGGGCGGGGGGGAGCCCAUGGCGGAGGAGCCCAUGGCGAGGCGGCUGCCAGCGCGAUCCACGCGGGGGAAGUGGAGUAGCAAGCGAGCGGAGGAGGAUGUGGAGCGAGACAAGGCUUUUUGGGAGCAGAGCUUGUUCCAAGAGGAGGAGGAAGAUGCAGACUUCGACGUGAGCAAGGAGGUGUGGGGGGGGAGUGGCAGCGCGGGGGAGCAGGGGGGGGGGGAGAGGCGGAGCAGAAGGAGGUGGGAGAGGAGGAAGAGGGGAACAAGGUAGAGAGCGGAGAGGAGGAGGAAGACGACGAUGUGCAGGAAAUGGAAGGGGAGGAGGGCGGGGAGGGUGCUCAUGAUGACGGUGGCCGUGUGGAUCUGGGAGGCGAGCAGGGAGGCGGUGGCAAGGAGACGCAGGGGACGGUGGGAUGUGGGGAAGAAGCAGAGGGGAAGGUGGAGCAACAAGAGGGGAAGAGAAAAGACAUGACAGGAGCACAGGGCGCUGAUGCUGGAUGGGGCACAACGAAGGAUGUGAGGGGAGAAGGCAGCACGGAGGGGGAGGGAGAGGGGAAGAAGCGCAAAGAUGGUGCGAGCAGCAAAACCAGCAGCAACAAGAGGGCUCGUUGACUGAGUCACGAGUAGGGAGGGGCAUGCAAGGGACUGCUGGAAGGAGGGCCGUGUGUGCACACGCUGCUUCUGCUGCUUGCUGUGUUUGAGCAGCAAUCCUGUCUUUCUGAUGCCGCACACCAUCCAUGUUCACGGGAGGGUUCACAAUGAGUUGUAACUUGUGCAGCAAGCAUGUUGAGACAGCUAACACGAUUGUAUAU